CACAGCGUCCAACAGAGCGAGCAUCUGGAGAAAUAUCUCCAUUUCUCGACUUCAUUUAAGUUAGAUGUCGCUUCUCUGGAUGGAAUGAAACAUCGGAUGCAUUUUCCCGAAAAUGAGGCGGCUAUCGCAAACUUGGAAGCAAAGAAGAACAUCGGAACGAAAUCAACAUCUUAAACAAAGAAAACCCAACGGAAAUGAAAUUAACAACGUUAAAGACAGUAACGACGACUGUGAGAUUGAUAGGUACUUGGUCUCAGCCCAGUCGCCAUGUACUUCCUUGAACAUGUCAUUUGGCUUUGAGUUUGAUGCUGCAGAUUUAUCACAAUUUGAUAAAAUUGUUGAGCAACAUAUCCAAUAUGGCCCUGUUCCUUAGUCUCCCCUUGCAAUCCCUUCCAAAGAUACAGUGCAAGAAAAGGUUACACCUCAAGUUACUGUACAAGCCCUCACUCCUCAGCUGGAGAGUGGCAAAGGAAAUGAAUCUGAUGGCAACGUGUUUGGACCUACCAGGGAGAGAAUAUCCACACCAAUUGAAGACUUGGAGCAUAUGCAACGGUUUUCUUUUAUUCAUUCACCUGUGUUCUCACCUGUCAGCGGUGAAAAAAUAAGCCAUUUCUCAAAGGGCCACUCAGAGUCUAACAGUAGGAGCAUUUUGGACCUUGAUGUGAGUACCUCUGCAAACCCUUUGGAGCUUUCUUCCUGGGGUCUUCCUCAGGAGGUACUGAAGGGGUACAGUAAGCUUGGAAUCACUCAUAUGUUUGAAUGGCAGUCAGCAUGUCUUUGCACAGGAAGGGUACUCACAGGAGGAAACUUGGUAUACUCUGCCCCGACAAGUGCAGGGAAGACAAUGGUUGCAGAGCUGCUUAUGUUAAAACGAGUUCUUGAAACAAAAAGGAAGGCUCUUUUCAUUCUCCCAUUUAUUAGUGUGGCACGUGAAAAAAUGUUUUAUCUUCAGCGCUUAUACCAGGAGGCAGGGGUUCGUGUGGAGGGGUACAUGGGAAGCCACGCCCCAGCUGGAGGCUUUGUCUCUGUAGACAUUGCAGUAUGCACGAUAGAGAAAGCCAACAGUCUGUUGAACCGCUUGUUGGAGGAAAAUAAAGCUCUCUCUUCUCUCGGGAUUGUUGUUAUUGAUGAGAUGCACAUGAUCGGUGAUCCUCACAGAGGAUAUUUACUGGAACUGUUUUUGACAAAAAUACGUUUCAUCUCUGGAUGCAGAGGACGAAAUGGAAGCAAUUAUGUCAAGAAAUUUUCAGGAAGCCAGGAGACAUUGCCAGCAAUACAAAUAGUCGGUAUGAGUGCGACUUUACCCAAUUUAGACAUGCUCGCCAAGUGGCUAUCUGCUGACUUGUACUUCACAGACUACAGACCAGUUCCCCUAACAGAAAUGGUCAAAGUAGGCCCUGCACUCUAUGACGCAAACAUGUCAAAGAUCCGCGAAAUCAGCGGUUGUACGGUCAGCGGAGAUGACGAUCACAUGAUACCACUGUGUAAAGAGACUAUUACUGAAGGUCACUCGGUCUUAGUCUUUUGCCCGACCAAGAACUGGUGUGAAAAACUGGCCGAGAAUAUCGCUAAGCAUUUUGCGGAGAUCGGCAACUUGACUCUGAAAGAACAAAACAGCAAUACCGUCCAAAGCAGCGGGUUUGUUAAAGCUUCAACACUUUUAGGAUUUGAUUACACAGCCCUGAAGGAGGUUAUAGAACAGCUCAAACGCACACAAGUAGGGCUGGACUCGGUGCUCUCCCGUAUGGUGCCUCAUGCAGUAGCAUUUCAUCAUGCAGGGCUCACGUUCGACGAGAGGGACAUUAUUGAAGGGGCCUUUAGGCAGGGGUCCAUUCGCGUACUCGUGGCUACGUCCACAUUGUCUUCAGGCGUUAAUCUUCCCGCCCGUCGAGUAAUCAUUCGUACCCCAAUUUUUCAUGGAAAAUUGGUGGAUGCACUGGUCUACAAACAGAUGGCUGGGCGCGCAGGUCGUAAAGGCGUCGAUGCCCUUGGCGAAAGUAUUCUGAUUUGUAAACCUAGUGAACGAUUGAAAGCCUCUUCGCUUCUGAACUCUCGACUGAAAGCUGUGGAGAGCUGCUUGCUUGGUAAAGGAGACAAUGGUGGAAUGAAACGUGCACUUCUUGAGGUCAUCGCUAGUGGAGUGGUUACCAGAACUUCGGAUGUAGAACGUUACGCGGCCUGUACAUUCUUCGCCUCAGUUUCCUGGCAACAAGAAGCAAACAACACAGACACAAUUGUCGAGAAUACCCUGACGUUUCUGGUAGAAAAUGAAUUUGUUCGUUUGCAAAAGUGUGACGAUAAGAAGACAGAUGAAAACAAAGAGAACGACAUCGGGGCAGAGGACGUAAAAACAGUCGAGUUGAAUUACGUGCCAACUCAACUAGGCAUGGCUACAUUAUCUUCUGCCCUCUCUCCUGACGAGGCACUUGUUGUAUUUGCUGAAGUACAGAAAGCACGCAAGUGUUUUGUGCUCGAAAGUGAACUUCAUGUUAUAUACCAGGUGACUCCAAUCUACAUACAGGAUCAGUGGCCCAGCAUAGACUGGUACCAAUACUUAAGAAUCUUUGAGCGCCUGCCAGUGAGCAUGCGCCGGGUGGCAGAGUUGGUGGGAAUAGAGGAAGGUUUCCUUGCUUGUGCCGUGCGCGGCCGUAUUCCAACGCGUACAGAACAGCAGCGGCAGUCUCUUGCCGUGCAUCGUAGGUUCUUUGCUGCGUUGGCACUUCAAGACCUCGUACAUGAGGUACCACUCAAUGCUGUUGCCAGGCGGUAUGGAGCAAAUCGAGGUAUGCUGCAGUCACUGCAAGGUUCUGCUGCAACGUUCGCGGGAAUGGUCACAGUGUUUUGCGAGAAGCUCGGAUGGUCUAACAUUGCGCUUCUUCUGUCUCAGUUCCAGAGCCGUCUGUCUUUCGGUGUUGAAAGAGAGCUCUGCGACUUAGUUCGAAUAUCCCUCUUAAAUGCUGCACGUGCACGUAUGUUGUACAACGCUGGCUACCAUACCGUCGCUUCAAUUGCAGCAGCCCCUCCAUCAGAAAUUGAGAACAUAUUGCAUAAUGCUACGCCUUUCGUCAGUAGCCGUAGGCGAGGGGAGGAGACUGAAACCGAGGUACGUGAGCGUAGCGAGGCGCGCGUGUUCUGGGUCGCAGGAGGACGAGGGCUCUCUGAAGGUGCGGCAGCAAAACUCGUCGUAGGUGAAGCCCAACAGCUGCUACAAGCUGAUGUGGCACAACUUGGAAUACAUUGGAAGCCUCCUGAGGCUAAAGAAAAUCCUGGCGAGCGUGUCUGUCCAGAGGAAUUAAAUGUCUCCGGACCGACGGAAGUUUGUCCAAAGUUUCUUGGGGUGAAAUCGGUCAAUGUCCUACGGAGUAAAACUCGUAUAAAAAAAUUAGACACUUCCAAACCAGAAAGAGAAAAAAGUCCUACGACUUCAGAAGCUGUUCUUCGUUUGAAUUCAAACGAUAGACCUCAACAACAUGCUUGCAAAGAGACAGUGGAAAGCCGUCAGGUCAGGUUGGAUCGUCAGGAAAGUGGACCAAGGUCAAGAAAACAUGAAGUACCCAAUAAAGAGUGCGUAGACUUUUUUAAGCCAACUCCUUCUUCAGACGCGUUAUCCUCCACAAAGCAUCCUGAACCUGCUAUGGCAGUUGCUUGCGCUUUAACCUCCAAGACUCCUUUAUGUGGCAAUGCAACAGUUCCUCCACGUGCAAGGAACAAACGCCGUUCACCGAUACCUGAAAUUCCUGAGCCACAAGAAAAGUUACAGAAAAAAGAAACAGCAGCCAUGAAGAUCUCAAAAGUGAUUUUACCGGAUGGGCUUCACGCAGAACAAUCGAGAAAAUGCUACUCUGUUUUAGAAGUUUCCGGUGAUUCUAAGGUUUUCAGCGAAGAUAAGUCGGUUUCACUAGAGCUGUACUCUGAGCCAUUUGAUGAAGAAGAACCAGCUGUAAAACAGAACCCCGGCAAUGCCCUUCACACUGACAUUGAUGUUGUGUCAGAUUCUCAGGCUCUAACCUGUAGUUUGAGUGACACCUGCCUAAUGGAGUGUGACGCCAUGGUUGAAGAAAGAGUUGUGACGUCAUCAGGAUACCCACUUGACAUGAACUUGUCACAAGAUUUACUUCGUGUAAACAAAGAAUGCCCAAUUGUUUGUGGUGAAAUUUCCAAUGCUCUGACAGUUCAGACCGACAGUUUGGCCAAGCUUAAGAGUCAAGUUAUUAUUGGUGAAUAUGACAGCCAGUUGCGUCUUUCGUUAUCGGGACAAUUUGACGCCGAACGAAGCCCGGAGACGUUGUCAUCAUUAGCUUCCCGAGCCUUUCAGUCACCCGAAUGCUCAGUAACGGAAGGUAGAGGUUCAGUUGGCGCUGCAAGUUCAUUUUCACUCCAUCUCUCGGCCAGUGAUGGUUGCCUGGAUUCUGAUCUGUCUACUUUGGCUAUUGCAGAGUUCCUGGAGAAAGAAGCUGAGGGUAAAGAACUGCAGAAACAUGUGGAAACCUGCGCUUUUCCGCGCUUACCUGAGAUGCACCAGAAUGGAUCUGAUUUUACUAAAAUCAAGAAUUUAAAAUCUACCGAGUCAUCUUUCCAUAAGGAUCACAAAUGGCCCGCCAAGAAGACUUUCCCCUUUGAAAAGCUGAAUGCUGGUAAAAAUGAAGUAAAUGGCACAGUGGAUUCUGACGUUAUUCCUUCCACACCUCCGAAGGAGAAAAUACCAUCCCAAGAUAAUUUUAAAACAAAAACCUCUGCCACUCCUUUGUCAACACGAAAGCGUCCAUCUCCACGAAGGGCUCCAUAUUCCACUACCCCUGAUGAAGGACUUGUUAUUAUCGACGUUACGGGACAUGAGCGAGUGUUUGAAAUGUUUCUGAAAGAAUGGCGCAGUCAAACUCAUUUUUCAUUCGCUGUGGCUUGUGAACGCUCCUUAGAUAAAGUUCCCAAGAUAGGAGCGCGAUUCAGCAACGUUCAAACAUCGGAAGUGACGUCAAGGGGAAUAAGAAUUGCGGGGAAGGACAACAGGGUGGUCGGAGUUGCAGUGAGCUGGGGUGAUAAAGAUGCUUACUACGUCUCAUUUCUGGAACAUGCUAAGUCGUUGCCAAGUCAAAUGGACGACAGUCAGGCUGAGUCAGUGGUGGAUUGUAACCUCGCGCUUACUCGCCGUAUAAAUGAAGUAGAGAGUACCGUUAAGUUCUUGAUCCAAAGAGGUAGCAUCAUGAUGUGUUUCGAUGUCAAGGAACACUUUAAGAUAUUCGCUCAGUGUACUGGUAUCUCUCUCAGUGGACCUGCAGAAGACCCAAAGGUGGCGAGUUGGCUUUUGGAUCCCGGAGCCAAGGAAAAGAACCUUCACCAACUUGUGGGACAGUAUUUACCAGAAGAAGCAUCCUUUCUUGAAGGGACCGGUGGUGGACUGGGCACAGGAGGUCUGGCUCUAGCAUAUCAAUGUCAGCAGAGCGGUAGGGUGAGAGCCUGUGUUGAGGCUGUUCUAGUUCUUUCAUUGAUGACGAAGCUGAGAACCUUAAUGGAAACUGAAGAUCUCGUGCAAGCAUUUACCAAGGUAGAGAUGCCAUCUGUAUUGUGCUUGGCACGGAUGGAGCUAAAUGGUUUGGGAUUCUCAGACACUGAGAGUGAACAUCUAAAGAACAUUCUACAAGCCAAGCUUCGCAGUCUGGAGGAAGAAGCCUACAGACUGGCCAAUCACAGUUUCUCAUUGACCAGUCGUGAAGAUAUAGCGCAGGUCCUUUUCCUGGAGCUCAAGCUUCCACAUGACGGAAACUCUGAGGAUGACCACGUCACCAAACGUAAGACUUUGGGAGUAACCCGACGUGGUAGGUCACGUGGUUGUAAGCAUCUUAGCACCAAUAAAGACGUGUUAGAAAGACUCAAACCACUGCAUCCGCUACCAGGGCUCAUCAUAGAGUGGCGCAGGAUAAACUCAGCCCUAACCAAGGUUGUGUUUCCAUUACAAAAGGAGAAAUGCUUGAACCCGAGGCUUAAAAUGUCUCGCAUUUACUCAGUUAGUCAAACACAUACUGCAACUGGGCGAGUUUCUUUUGCGGAACCAAAUUUGCAAAAUGUUCCUAAAGAUUUUGAUAUUGUAUUGCCGACAUUUAUUGCUGAGAGUCCUCCUCCUGGAGCCUGGGACCAAAGGACUUCUUCCAAUCGAGGCAAAAGAGGAGCUAGUCGAUACAAUACAAUGAAUGUUAAGCCUGGGACCGAAUCAACUACUCCUAAGUUUUCAGUGAGCAUGCGUAAUGCGUUUAUCCCCUUUAAAAGUGGCCUACUUUUGGCCGCUGACUAUUCUCAGCUGGAGCUGAGGCUCAUAGCUCACCUCUCAAAGGACAAGCGACUCCUCAAGAUUCUUAAUGGAGGAGGAGACGUGUUCAAAAUGAUCGCGGGCGAACUUUAUCAAGUUCCAGUGGAAUGUAUUAAAUAUGAACAGCGACAACACGCUAAACAGGUAUGCUAUGGCAUCAUUUAUGGCAUUGGCGCCAAAGCUCUUGGAGAACAGCUCGGUUUUACUGAAGAAAAUGCUGCUUUGUUCAUUGACAAGUUCACUUCUCGUUACUUUGGAGUGAAAAAGUAUUUGAAAGAUACGGUGGAGCAGUGCAAAAAGCAAGGCUUUGUGAAAACAAUAACAGGAAGGAAAAGGUUCCUUCCGGCGAUAAGUUCAUCAAACGUGCACGCGCACAGUCAAGCAGCCAGACAAGCUGUAAACACCACGGUACAAGGGUCUGCGGCAGAUUUGGUAAAGAUAGCCAUGAUUAAUAUUGACAGGAGGUUAACCGAGGAAUUUCCAUCAUGCGUCACGUCACACAGACACUUGCUCCCGGAUUAUCACUCUAGUAUUGGAAAAAACCGGGGAAGGAGUUCAAGUUGUGAUCUGCCAACCCCUGUUGGAGGAUAUUUUGUUUUGCAACUUCACGAUGAACUGAUAUUUGAGGUGUCACAGAGUGAGUUAAGAAAAGUAGCACAGAUUGUUCGAACAGAAAUGGAGAGCGCCAUGAAGCUCUCUGUUGUUGUGCCUGUCAAGAUGAAGGCGGGUUCUUCCUGGGGAAACAUGGCGGAGUUUGAAUCGUAAAGUGUAAAAUAAAAGUAAAAAAGCUAAAAUAUUCUUGUUGAUCGAGAGUUAAAGAAAGAGAAUUGUGACGUCAUAUUUUCGUAAGUUGCAAACAUUUUGCCCCUAAUGAAGCGGAUGGAUGAAAAUAGAUGAAGUUUCCAAGAGUCUCAUACCUCGUUGACGCACAACGGUCAGUUGGACACUGAAGGUCAUCUUCUUGUAGACUUGGUGUACUAUACUCAUCUGGAUUUAUUUGCUUUCGCGCAAAUUGCGUGAUGAAUUCAUUACUCACAGUGAAAUAUUAAGUAGAAACAUCGGAACAAAUUGUAAACAGUUUUUUUAUUAUAUGUCUUGGAAUAUUUAUAGGUUUUUCGAUUCACUUAGAGACGAAUUAAUUUCUUAUUCAAUGAAAGUGGAAACUAUUUAUUGUUCCUGAAUAAAAGAAUGCCUUGACCCAGCUUCACUAUAAGUAACUUCUUUAUACCACAUGUUUGAACGGUCGUCUCCGGAGUUCAAACGUUUUAGUUUGCAUGCGAUGUUUUUUUAAAGCUUAUUUUUACGUGCAUUGAUUUUAGUAAACUUUUACUGUGUUAGUGCAACUUUCUAAACCAGCACGUUACAGAACUAACUGUUAGAGGGGUUGUGGGUUCCUUCCUUAUGGCAGUUAUAAAAGAAAUAAGCAGCAAAAUGUUUCAAUGGCCAUAUCAAUUCUUUGACAUUCCUAGUACCGACUUCUGGUGUUUAUUGAAUCUAAAGUUUUGCUCUAAAGUUGAUGACCACCCACCCUUCUCUUCCUCGGUAGAACGCGGACUUGUGUGUGAUUGUCAUCUUUAACUCUUUAUAUUUUGAAAUUAAGGGACGAGUACCCCUUCCUUU